UUGUCUCCCUUCAAAUUUUCCAGACUCCCAACCACCACUCACCGCCAGCCACCCGGCGCGUCCGCCACCUUCGCCACAUCCAUGUCAAUACUCUCCAUCACUACCACUACCAACACGAUCGCCAUCACAACGAACAAUUACUUCUCUCGCCACCACCAUGCCGGCUCAUUUCCUCUCUAGCUCUCCCUCCGCCUCCACCUCCACCUCAUCCACCGCAUCGCCCGCCGAUUCCUCCGACAUGCCAAAAGACGCCGUUUCAGCUUCCUCCUCCUCCUCCGGUCGCUACUCCGAGAUCUGGAACUACCUCUGGGUUCCUCUCUUGCUUUCCGUCUCUAAAGAGUUGACCGCUGCUAAAGCCGAGUCCACGAUACUGCUCCCGAGUGAUGUCCGACUUGGGUCGGCUCGAUCGUCUCCGAGUUGCCCGGCGCCUGAUCCUAAGUUGAAUUUCCGGCCAGUGGUCGGGAUUUUGACUCAUCCUGGGGACGGCGCCUCCGGCAGGCUUAACAAUGAUACAAAGGCCUCGUACAUUGCGGCGUCGUACGUGAAAUUCGUUGAAUCGGCUGGCGCUCGCGUUAUUCCCCUAAUUUAUAACGAGCCUCUUGAGAUUCUCCAUGAGAAGCUCAACCUGGUCAAUGGAGUUAUUUUUACUGGAGGAUGGGCGAAAAGCGGUUUGUACUACAAGACUGUUGGGGAGAUUUUUAAGAAAAGUUUAGAGAAGAAUGAUGUUGGGGACCACUUUCCUGUACUUGCCAUCUGCUUGGGUUUCGAACUUUUAACAAUGAUCAUCAGUAAGGACAUAAAAAUUCUUGAAGAAUUUAGUGCAGCAGAUCAAGCAUCCACCCUCAAUUUCAUGAAAAACACAGAUAUUAGAGGAACAGUAUUUCAGAGGUUUCCUCCAGAUUUACUGAGAAAAUUGAGUACUGAUUGUCUUGUCAUGCAAAACCAUCAUUAUGGAAUAUCACCAGAAAGGUUCCAAGAGAAUACUGAUCUAUCUAGUUUCUUUAAGAUCUUAACUACUAGCACGGAUGAAGAUGAUAAGGUAUAUGUCUCCACAGCACAAGCCCGCAGCUAUCCUGUGACUGCAUUCCAAUGGCAUCCAGAGAAAAAUGCAUUUGAAUGGGGGUUGUCGAGGAUUCCACACUCUGAAGAUGCAGUUCAAGUGACGCAACAUGUUGCCAACUUUUUUAUCAGUGAAGCUAGGAAAUCUCUGAACAGGCCACCUGCUCGCAAAGUGCUUGACAACCUUAUUUACAAUUACAGUCCCACUUACUGUGGGAAGGCUGGGAAGGGAUAUGACGAGGUUUACAUCUUCUCCUGAGGCAUUUGUAUCUGUAAGAAGUUAAUUCUCACAUUGUAAAAAGAAAUCUAUUGUGAUGUAAGGACUGCUCUCAUUAGUAUUGAACUGAACUGGACGUUAAUUGUUGCAAUAUUUUACUUGUUCCAGCGUCUGAAGCUGGGCUUUUAGUCUGUUUCUGUUAGA